GCGACAAAUCAGAUCAACAUCGCAAAACAUCGCCGCGAUUGCCGGUGUGAUAUACCCCAUAAGUUGUCCGUGUGGUAUACAAGUUACUAGUUCAUGUCUUAACGAAUUGCGACUCCUAGAACAGAUACAAUAAGAAAUUACUGGAACUGUGCUCGCUAUAAACUAUAACGAUAUAACAUCGUGAUAUUUACUCGUUUCCUCACUUAGUAUACCUCAAUAAUAACUAAUCAUGUCGGAUUGGGACACUGUACCAAUUACUCUGCGUAAGCGCGCCCCAAAAGCAGCUGCCAUGAAAUCAGAACAGGCAGUUAACGCGGCCAGACGUCAAGGUGUUGCCGUUGACACACAAUCCAAGUGGGGUGGAGGUGCCAAUAAACAACAUGUAACCACAAAAAAUACAGCUAAACUUGAUCGUGAGACUGAAGAACUUAAACACAACAAAGUUCCACUUGAUCUUGGCAAGCUAAUACAACAAGGGCGGCAAGCCAAAGGAUUAUCUCAAAAAGAUCUCGCAACAAAAGUGAACGAAAAACCACAAGUCAUCAACGAUUACGAAGCGGGUAGAGGCAUACCGAACCAAUUGGUAAUCGGAAAGAUAGAACGUGUCCUGGGAACCAAACUACGUGGAAAAGAUCGUGGCCAGCAAUUGCUGCCCCCCGGGACAAAGAAUUAAAUCUCGGGGGAAUAAAUUCUCAACUUUUAACCUUAAGGCCAGUUUUCAUCCACUUAUAAAUAGUAUUGUAUAUUAUAUGAGUUGUGAAUAACUUGCAAAAUAACGAUCAUGUCUAUUUAGACGGUCAUCAGUUCAAUUAUAAAGGAUGUUAAAACAACUUCCAAACAUCGAGAUUAUUUACGUUACUAAAACAAUAAUGUUACUCGUAUGAUGUAAACUUGUAUAAGUACUCUUAUUUUUGAAUGGUGUAUCUAAGCCUUUGAAAUGUAUUCAAGCAUUUUUACAUUUCUGAAAGUUUUUAUGUGCCACAUGUGAUUUUUUCACGAUAAUUGUGUGGUAGCUUCAAGCUUCGUCAUUAGUUAUGAUUAUAGUUGCUUGGAGCUUUUACAGAAAUUUGUUCUAUUCUUUCCUGUAUACAUCACGUUUUUUUUCGUAAAGUUUUACCAAACUUAGCACUUUGAUAUAUGCGUCAAAUAAAUUUAUAAUGUACAAAUGCUUCAUGUGCUACAUCAGUAUCAAAUAGUCACUGACUUCAAGUACAUUGAAGGACGAGUAAAAAUGUCUGUACAAAAACCAUAAUACUUUUCCUACAUUGCGACUAAUGAGAAAACGAAUUACUUAUAAUUCUGGCCAUUUAUGAUUGAAUGAAUUAUGAAGGAAAAUGCUAGUUUAGAAAUAAUGCCAUGUCGUUUCAACAAAAUCUUAAGAAAUAUUGAUAAUGGUGUUAUAACAACUCAUGAUAAGUGGAUGAAAAUAUUACUUUAUACAUAAUUGUUUCCCUGAUAAAAACUAUCAUGCCACCAACCACUAUUCUCUGGAUUAUGAUUAUAUAUACCUUUUUUUUGUCCUUGGUUAUUUUGAUAUGGUGUAUUAUAAACUAGACUCUGUAUUUUGUUUGUAUGAGGUGAUAAAUGGAAAAAAUCUAUAAAAAAAACAUUAAUAGAGUUAUUUUAAAUGAAGUCAUAAUAAUUGUAAUAAGUGUUAAUAAAGGUAUGAAAUAAAUUCGAGCAUAAAAAUGUAGAUUUCCUGUAAUGAAGCAUGUUAUAUCUUAUAACGAUUAAUCAUAAAUAAAGCUUAUCUUAUAACUUA